GUCGUGUUUAACAAAAACGUAUGGUAUUCCUUGACAUAAACAGCAGCAAAUCAGCAAUCUUUUUCCCGAUCUGUUGAUCUCCAGAAACUGCGAUUAUCGGGGCUGAGAAAUCUCUCGUAAUCGAAUUGAAUGGGGUCGUGGACUGUUGGUAAUUGGCCUUCCUUCGACCCCCACAACUUCAGCCAACUUCGCCCCAACGAUCCUUCUGCUCCCUCCAAGAAGACACCAAUUACAUAUCAUCCAACUCAUGAACGGACUAUUCCACCGCCUGACCAAGUAAUAUCUUCAGAAGCCAAAAACAUACUACUGAGGCAAUUGUAUCAGCGCAGUGACGAGAAGCUGAGACCAAAGAGAGCUGCAUCGGAGAAUCUGGCACCGGAGCAAGAAAGCAAGCAUCCAAGGGCUUCUGGUGCUUCACCUUCAGAUCCUCUACCAUGAGAGGUUUCUGCAGCUUAAUUAAUGUAAAUAUUGUUGGUUGUUGAUGUUGAUGGCAUAUGUUUGUGUGAAUGUAGUAAAGUUAUUAUGAUAGAGCAAAUUGUUUGCUUCUUGUUGUUGUUGUUGUGUACUUUCAGCCAUACAAGACUUGUACAUUUUUCAUAUAUAAAUAUCCCGAAAAUUGCAUCUGUAAAACAGAUCCAAUUUUUUU